AUGAAUAUCACUACAGAAGAAAAUGAAGUGCCCAAGGUUGCUUUGGCGUCAUGGAAAUUGGAGGAAGUGGCUGUAUACCUCGGUAUCACAGUUUUUAUUCUGUUUAUACUACUCGUGAAAUAUCUAUACCACAAGCUCAAAUGGAUUGCCUCGUAUAUACCUGAAUCCCUUAUCCUCAUUGUGAUUGGAUUGGUCUUUGGAGCAAUUGUCUGGUAUGUCCCAUCGGUUGCCCCUGGUUUAAAAAAUAUUCGGCUUACACCAAAUCUAUUUUUUAAUAUACUCCUGCCUCCUAUUGUUCUUGAAUCGGCCUAUAGUCUCUUCAAUAGAACAUUUGCCGAUUUUUUCGUCCCAAUAAUGCUAUUUGCUGUCAUUGGAACGGUUCUUAAUUUCCUCUUCAUUGGGUUCGGGAUGUGGGGAAUCGACAGACUUAUCGGUCUUGGAAAUCCCUUAAUUGAUCUUGCCAUGAAAGAUUACCUUCUCUUUGCGUCUCUUAUUGUUGCUGUUGAUCCUGUAGCUGUAUUGGCAAUCUUUCAGGACAUUGGUGUUGAUGCUGGUCUCUAUUAUAUGGUGUUUGGGGAAUCUCUUCUAAAUGAUGCCGUAACUGUCGUGCUAUACAAUAUUAUGAAUAUCUUCGUUGCAACCGAGCAUAUAUCUACUGGUGAUAUUCUCAUCGGUGUCGGUUCAUUUUUCACUGUAUCUCUUGGGGGUGCUUUGAUAGGUCUUUGUCUAGGAAUCCUUUCCUGUCUAAUUACAAAGCUAAAAGCCCUAUCCGGUGCUUUGCCUUUGUUUCUAAUGAGCUACAUUUCCUAUAUGGUUGGAGAUUUGUUUGGUUGGUCGGGAAUUAUCGCUAUAAUAGUUUGUGGUGUCUUUCAGGCUGCAUAUGCUUUUCAUAACGUCGCUUACCUAAAUAUUGUAAUGUUACGAGCCGGUGUUGGGCAGUUAGCUUCUAUCUGCGAAGCAGUUAUCUUUCUAAUGCUUGGUUUGGAGAUCAUGGCCACAAGCCUCAUCUGGCAUGCUGGCUUCAUAAUAACCGCCAUUGUCAUGUGUCUAAUUGCCAGAACUCUCAUUACAUUUGUGCUCUCUGCUAUAAUCAACCACCAUCGACCAUCACACUCGAAAAUUCACUGGUCAGAGCAAGUGAUAAUUAGUUAUGGAGGUUUACGAGGUGCCGUUGCCUUCUCACUAGCUGUUCUCAUCAACGAGCAUUUUCAUGGUGAACAUGACAACACAGCCAGAAAUAUUCUAAUUACAACAACUCUAAUGGUCAUCCUCUUCACGGUGGCAUUCAUGGGAGUAACAAUGAAACCCUUGGUUCGACUUCUGCAUAUUCGUCUUGCUAAAAAUGUCGAAAAUAAACUUUUCACAACACUUAAUAACUCUAUCAUUAACCAAGCUCUGCUAUACAUGGAGACUUUAAUUGGAGAACAGGGUUCAAAUCAUUUGCGUGAAAUAAUGUACCGCCUGGAUGAUAAAUAUAUUCGGCCGUUCCUUCAAAAGAACGCUAUGAGUCAUAGUCAGAAGAUUGUGAAUGUUUAUGAGAAAUAUGCGUUGCAGUUUCAUACUGAAGCUAUUGAAAGUCGUAGAACGUUGGAUGAUGGAGACAUGAAGGCAGGAGAUCUACAAUCUUCUGGCAAUGUCAAAGCAGAACCGGGGCCUUCUUUGCCCAAUCGAAAAUUGAGAAAACUAGCUACAUUCAGUCCUCUAGAUGAGGUUGAAGAGGACGACAUUUUUGAAACUUCAGUGCCACUAAACAUGCCCAAGCAAGUUAGACGCAGAGUUAACGUAGCUAGCAUGUAUCAAGGCGAAGAGUCUGAAAUAUACCUCCCUCACCGGAACAUAUUUCACGAGGCCAACGAUGCUCACUUUGCACAGUUUAGUCGUAACCAGCAUCGUCUUUUGGAAUUACUAGACGAUCAUAUUAACGUAAUGUCAAAAGACAGAUUACAAAAGGCUCGUGCAAUGAGUAUUGAUUCAGCCAUGGGAUCCCCAAGGAUAGACAAAAGACGGCAUAGGAAGAAAUUCUCUAGAUCUCACACUGAAGUUGUUGGAUAUCCAAGUCAAACAUUAACCCCACCUUCUUCGCCCGGUGAUGGAGAAGAACUUUUAAUCCGCCAGAACCCUACCGGUAAACACCACUAUCCUCGUGUUCCUCGAAGUACAAAGUUCUUUCCACACCAGACAAAUGUAUGA